AUUAAAAAAUAAAUAUUUGAAACAUGAAAUUGGUGAGAUUUCUGAUGAAGCUUAGUCAUGAGACUGUAACAGUUGAAUUAAAAAAUGGUACUCAAAUUCAUGGAACAAUUACUGGAGUUGAUGUGGCCAUGAAUACCCACCUGAAGAGCGUUAAAAUGACCAUCAAGAAUAGAGAUCCAGUCCACUUGGAGUCCUUGAGCAUUCGUGGCAACAAUAUUCGAUAUUUUAUAUUACCAGACAGUCUGCCGUUGGAAACAUUGCUAAUCGAUGAUACUCCAAAGUCAAAGUCCAAGAAAAAAGACAGCGGGCGUGUUGGAAACCGCGGACGAGGCAGAGGCAGCCGCGGGCGCGGAGGUCCAAGAGGACGUGGACGAGGCAGGGCUCCUGCUAGACGUUAAGUAUAUAGUUCAGAAAAAAAAAAAACAAAACUUAUGUAUGAAUAACAAUUACAACUGCCCGGUACAAAUAAAAUUUGGGCAACUUUUGAAAAAUAUAAAUAAAAUUCGAUAAUUAUGAUAUAUUGUGUUUGCCCAACAAAGCCAAACUUUUGUAUCAAAAUAAAUCUUACAU